AUGAAACCUUACACCUAUAUACAUCGUGUGUCUUAGUUAGACGACAUGGAUGUUAAUUCUGUGUUAUCUAAGUCAAAGUUGCAUGGAUUCUAUUAUUACGUGUACAUAUUGGGAAUCUAUUACCUAUUUGAUCUAAUCUAUUUUAAUUAGUUGGGUACUUUAUUUGCUAAUUCAUCAACGAUAUCUGCAAUACGUAAGGAUGGCAUAUUAAUGCUUAAAUGGGCUGUUUAUGUAUAUAAUAAUAAUAACAAUAAGUCAUUCACAUAUCCAUACACAGUUUACUUUGCCCAUAAAUUUGGUUAGAAACUGUUGGUAGCAUUUUUUAUAUCACUUCCAUUUGUGAUAUUUCCAUGGGUCACUAUUAAAUAUUAAUUGGGCUUUAUACCUGGAGCCUUUGUAGGUAUAAUGGCUAAUAUUGGAUUUAUGAAGGAAGUUUCAUACAUCAAGUAUUGUAAAAGGGCAAUUGGAUUGUGGGAAUUCUUUGUUUUUAUGAUUACUCCUGCUUUGGUAUUUUAUCACGAUUAUCCAAAAACAAAGAAGAUAAGAUUUGUUUAUUGUUUAGCGAAGUUAAUUAAUAUAGUUUAUUUUAAUAUACUUGGUGCAGUAAUAAUAGCUAAGCACAUAGAACCUUCAAUAAUUGGAACUUAAGAUAAGGUACUGUAAACUAUAUUGUUAAUAUUCCCUUUGGCUACAUUUUGGAUCUUGCUUUUCUUCCUGACAUUUGAAAACAUUUUAAAUUUAUUGGCUGAAAUAACAUAUUUUGGGGAUAGAGAAUUCUACAAUGAUUGGUAUUAAUUAUAAUUAAAAUAUAAGGUGGAAUGCAACAACCUUUGAGGAAUUCAAUGCAAAAUGGAAUACAGUGGUAUAUGCCUUUUUGCAUACUCACGUAUAUUUGUAAUUGCAAGAAUGGAAAGUGUCUCGUGUAUGGUCAAAGAUACUGACAUUUGCAUUUUCAGCAUUGCUUCAUGAGAUAAUUUUAAUAGCGGUUUUACGAUAGUUUACUCCUUUUAUGACUUUCAUAAUGUUGUUACAAGUGCCAGUAAUGAUGGCUUUGAGAUUCCUAAAGAACACAAGGGUUGGACUAAUUUAUUUUUGGCUCAGUCUAUUAAUUGGAGUUCCAAUUAUCGCCAGCUAUUACGUAUCGGUUUGA